UUCAAAGCAAAACUAGUUUAUGGGCUGAAAUUCUGUACAAAAAUUCGUGGGGCAGAGAACAGAACAGAACAGAAUUCAUAUCUCUCUGUUCUCACUCCCUUCUCUUCUCUCAUAUCGCAUGCGUCUUCAUCACUUAACACCUCAAAACGACAAUGGAUUUAGCCGCGAAACUCCACCACCUCGACCUCACCGGCGCCGUCAUUCUAGACACACGAAAGCCCUCCGCCACACGCCACCGUUUUCCGCCGCGCUCCCUCACCCAACCCGCCAGACCCACCAUCACCACCUUAACUCACACCCACCACCGCUUCCUCACCCCAAUUAGGCCCAAUUCUUCCACCUCCGGCGCCGCAGCUACUGUCACCGCCGUCGACGACAUCGAGUCUCUCUUCUCCGACCCUUCCGACGACAAACUCUACUCGAACAAGAAAUCGAACACCACCGGAGCUUCAAGCGUUUCUUCCGGUGUGAGGUUGGAGAACAUCACCAAAACCUACAAGGGUGUCACGGUGCUGAAGGAUGUCACAUGGGAGGUGAAGAAAGGGGAGAAAGUGGGUUUGGUUGGCGUGAACGGUGCCGGGAAGACGACGCAGAUGAGGAUAAUCGCGGGUUUGGAGGAACCGGAUUCAGGGAACGUGGUGAAGGCGAGGCCGAACAUGAAAAUCGCGUUUCUGAGUCAGGAGUUUGAGGUGUCGCUGAGCAGGACGGUGAGGGAGGAGUUUAUGAGUGCGUUUAAGGAGGAAAUGGAGGUUGCGGCGAAGCUGGAGAAGGUGCAGAGGGCGCUUGAGGGGGCUGUCAAUGAUUUGGAUUUGAUGGGGAGGUUACUGGAUGAAUUUGAUUUGCUUCAGAGGAGGGCACAGUCUGUGAAUUUGGAUGUGGUUGAUUCUAAGAUAAGUAAAUUGAUGCCUGAACUUGGGUUUGCUCCUGAAGAUUCUGAUAGGUUAGUGGCGUCUUUUAGUGGUGGGUGGCAGAUGAGGAUGUGUCUUGGCAAGAUUCUACUUCAGGAUCCUGAUUUAUUAUUGUUAGAUGAGCCGACGAAUCACCUUGAUCUUGACACGAUUGAGUGGCUUGAAGAGUAUCUUAACAAGCAGGAUGUGCCGAUGGUUAUCAUUUCUCAUGACAGGGCUUUUCUUGAUCAGCUGUGUACGAAAAUUGUGGAAACUGAGAUGGGUGUUUCCAGGACGUUUGAGGGGAAUUAUUCUCAGUUUGUACUUUCAAAGGCGGAAUGGAUUGAAGCGCAGUAUGCUGCGUGGGAGAAGCAGCAGAAAGAAAUUGAACAGACAAGAGGCCUGAUAAGUAGGUUAGGCGCAGGAGCAAAUUCUGGCAGGGCUUCAACUGCUGAGAAGAAGCUGGAGAGACUUCAGGAAGAGGAACUAGUUGAGAAACCAUUUGAACGGAAACAAAUGAAAAUCAGGUUCCCUGAGCGUGGAAGGAGUGGAAGAUUUGUUGCAACAAUUAAGAACAUGGAUUUUGGUUUUGAAGAUAAGACGCUUUUCAAAAAGGCAAAUCUUACAAUUGAAAGGGGAGAAAAAAUUGCCAUUAUUGGUCCUAAUGGGUGUGGCAAGAGUACUUUACUGAAAUUGAUUAUGGGUUUGGAGAAGCCAGUUGGGGGUGAAGUCAUGCUUGGGGAGCAUAAUGUAUUGCCUAACUAUUUUGAGCAAAAUCAGGCUGAGGCACUUGAUCUGGACAAGACGGUGCUUGAGACAGUAGAGGAAGCUGCAGAGGAUUGGAGACGUGAUGAUAUUAAAGGACUUCUUGGACGUUGUAAUUUUAAAGCUGACAUGCUUGACCGAAAAGUUUCCCUUUUGAGUGGUGGUGAGAAGGCACGGCUGGCAUUUUGCAAAUUCAUGGUAAAACCAUCAACUCUGCUUGUAUUGGAUGAACCAACCAAUCACUUGGAUAUACCAUCUAAAGAAAUGCUUGAGGAGGCUAUAUCUGAGUACAAAGGCACUGUCAUCACUGUAUCUCAUGAUAGAUACUUCAUAAAGCAGAUAGUUAACAGAGUGAUAGAAGUUGACGAUGGCACUUUACAGGAUUAUGCAGGCGAUUACAAUUAUUAUUUAGAGAAGAAUCUUGAUGCUCGGGAAAGAGAGCUUGAACGCGAGGCAGAACUUGAGGACAAAGCUCCUAAAGUGAAAGCAAAAUCCAAGAUGUCCAAGGCAGAGAAAGAAGCACGGAAGAAGCAAAAGAUGCAGGCCUUUCAGCAGGCAAAACAGAAGUCUAAAGGUGUGAAAAAUUCCAAGAGAUGGAAUUGAGUAACCCGUUUCAUUAUUUCAUCACAAUUCACAAGAGCUCCAUCUCAGAGACUAAUUUAUCACGUGAAGAGGAAAGAAGAUGAAGUAGCACAUUUAGCUAGCUACUCAGCCUCUAUGUAUAUAUCAUGUUCAUGUAUGAAUAGACUAAUUGAUUGCAAUAUAGAAAAGCUUCAAUAUGGCAUUUGUAGUUCCUGCUAAAGAUUUCAGUGUGCAGGGAACGAAAAGAAAGGAAAAAAAAAAACUAAUUCACUGA